AACAUUACAGCAUUGUGUGUGUGUGUGAGGCGGAACAUACACAUUUCUAAAAAAAAAAAAAAAAAAAUUGAUUACAUUAAAAGUUCCCGAUGAAAUUAUAACAUUAUGAAAAUCUAAAAUAUCGACAGGAGCAUUAAGAAUGUCAGACAGAGGAGAUGUGGAUUUAACCGGAGCCAAACAAAACACAGGAGUCUGGUUGGUUAAAGUACCGAAGUAUUUGUCUCAGCAAUGGGCCAAAGCGCCAGGACGAGGAGAAGUGGGAAAACUCCGAAUUGGCAAGAAUCAGGGCAAGGCAGAGGUGUCCUUCACGCUGAACGAGGACCUGACCAUGAUCGAGAGCAUGGGGGAGAAGGUGUCCAUGGUGCGAGCGCCUCGGGAACACCCGUUCACCCUGCAGACGGUCGGGGGACAGACCCUGGCUGUUUUCACAGAGACGUCCUCAGACAAAAUAGCGCUGGAAGGCUUGGUGGUGCAGCGAGCCGAGUGCAGAGCAGCCGCCAACGAGCACUACAUGAGGUUAAAAAGGCUGCAGAUCGAGGAGUCGUCGAAGCCCCACCGCUUCUCUCAGCAGCUGGAUAAAGCAGUCACCACCAACUACAAACCUGUGGCCAACCACGCUUAUAAUCUGGAUUAUGAGAAAAAGAAGAAGGAAGAAGGUAAAAGAGCGCGAGCGGACAGGCAGCAGGUGUUGGACAUGCUGUUCUCUGCGUUUGAGAAGCACCAGUAUUACAACAUUAAAGACCUGGUAGACAUCACCAAACAGCCUGUGAUCUACCUGAAGGAGAUCCUGCGCGACAUCGGUAUCUACAACGUGAAGGGAACGCAUAAGAACACCUGGGAGCUGAAGCCCGAGUACAGACAUUACCAGAACGAAGAGAAGAGCGACUGAGCAGCUUCGUCCUCUCCGGCGCCGAUCCAUAAACCGCUUUCCGAAGCGUCUCGUCUCACUGUAACAGAAGCAGCCGGUAGACAGGUUGCUAUGGAAACCAAUUCAGUCUCUUUAAUACCGUAUAGUGAAAUUAACCUUUUUUUAAAUCUUUUUUUUUUUUUUUUGGAGUCGUGUUUUUACUUCUUUUUAUGGAAAAAAAAAUGUCCAGGGCAUUGUUACGAUCAGAUCAGACGAAGAGCAGCCUGUAGACAAACCCUUUCAGUCUUUAUGGUUUUAGCAUCAGUUUUAACGUGUUAUUUGCACUGGUGAAAUAAACGUGUAGUACAAAUUGAAUUAAACUCUGCGUGAUCUUUAAACGUC